AUGGCUGGUAAAUUACGAUUUCUGGAUAAUCGCGAGGAUGAACAAACUCGUGGCAUCACGAUGAAAUCCAGUGGAAUCUCAUUACUGUAUGGUCCUAUGCUUGUUAACCUCAUGGAUAGCCCUGGUCACGUUGACUUCUCAUCAGAAGUUACUUCAGCUUUAUUACUGUCGGAUAUCGCAUUGUUACUCGUUGAUGUUGUAAGUUUACUCUGA